CCUCGCCUACGCUACGCGCCUCCAUGCGGCGUUUUUUGUUCUUCGUUUCCUGCUUUGGGUUGUUCGCUUUGAUUGCCAUAACGUACGCGUGGCUCGCGUUUUCGCCGCAUAUUGGACGCACGGAUCAUGUGUCCUCUUCUUCGCUAGGUUGCAGAGAGGAUAACGAGGGUUCCUGGUCCAUUGGAGUUUUCUAUGGCGAUUCUCCCUUCACUCUCAAACCCAUUGAAACCAUUAAUGUAUGGAGGAACGAGAGUGCAGCAUGGCCUGUAGCUAAUCCAGUUUUAACAUGUGUCUCCUUGACCAGUUCUGGCUUUCCAAGCAACUUUUUAGCUGGUCCCUUUCUCUAUGUACAGGGUGAUACUCUUUACAUGUUCUUUGAAAAUAAAAACCCCAUUACAAUGCAAGGGGACAUAGGAGUUGCACAAAGUACAAACAAAGGAGCAACUUGGAAACCUCUCGGUAUAGCUUUAGAUGAGCCUUGGCACUUAUCUUUUCCUUUCGUCUUCAAUUACAAUGAACAAAUAUACAUGAUGCCGGAGAGCAACCAGAUAGGAGAACUUCUUCUCUACCGUGCUGUUAACUUCCCUUUAACUUGGAAGCUAGAGAAAGUCAUCUUACAAAAGCCCCUUGUUGAUUCCACCAUACUCCACCACCAAGGAAACUAUUGGCUAUUUGGAUCAGAUCAUAGUAGCUUCGGACAGCUAGAAAUUUGGUACAGCGCCACUCCUCUUGGCCCUUGGAAGCCACACAAGAAGAAUCCUAUCCACAACGGGGCAAGAAACGGAGGGAGAGCGUUUUUACAUAACGGUAAUCUCUACCGUGUUGGUCAAGCUUCCAGUGAGAGUUAUGAGAAAAAGAUAUGCAUUUAUAAAAUAGAGGUUCUUUCUAAGGAAGAGUAUAGAGAAGUCCAAGUCCCCUUUGAUUUAGAAACGUCUCAUAAAGGUCAAAACUCUUGGAACGGAGUUAGGCAGCAUCGUUUAGAUGUAGUAAAGCUAAGCUCUGGUGAAUACAUUGGUCUUGUUGAUGGCGAUCGUGUAACAUCAGGUGAUUUGUUUCUUAGGGUUUUUCUAGGGUAUGCUUCACUUGUGGCUGCUAUUACAGUUGUUGUGUUGCUAGGGUUUUUGCUUGGGAUCCUGAACUGUAUUGUUCCAUCAACCUGGUGCAUAAACUACUACAAAGGAAAAAGAACCGAUGCGGUUAUGAAUCUGAAGACCGCAAGCUUUGUGUCUGAACAGUUAAGAAGGAUGUGUUCUAGGUUAAACCGAGUACCGCCUUUUCUCAGAGGACUUGUGAAACCUAACUCCACGUUUGGAAGAUUGACACUCGGUUCGUUAUUAGUUCUAGGAGCUUUGCUCACAUGUGUAGGGAUUAGUUAUAUAUACGGUGGAAGCGGAGCGGUGUUGCCUUACACAUUUAAAAGUCAUGCAUCUCAAUUCACGUUAGCAACUAUGACGUACGAUGCACGUCUCUGGAACCUAAAAAUGUACGUUAAGCAUUACUCUCGAUGUCCUUCAGUGAAAGAGAUCCUCGUCAUAUGGAACAAAGGACCACCUCCUGAACUCACCGAGCUAGACUCGGCCGUGCCAGUUAGAAUCCGAGUCGAGAAGCUGAACUCUCUAAACAACAGGUUCAAUAUCGACCCGUUGAUUAAAACAAGAGCCGUUCUUGAGCUUGACGAUGAUAUAAUGAUGCCUUGUGAUACCAUCGAGAAAGGGUUUAGAGUGUGGAGAGAGUAUCCGGAGAGACUUGUCGGAUACUACCCGCGUUUUGUUGAUGAGACAAUGAGUUAUAGUGCUGAGAAGUUUGCGAGAAGUCAUAAUGGAUACAAUAUGAUUCUCACUGGAGCAGCGUUUAUGGACGUUGGUUUCGCGUUUGGUUUGUAUCAGUCGGAGAAAGCGAGGCUUGGUCGAGAGUUUGUGAACGAGCAGUUUAAUUGUGAAGACGUUUUGUUGAAUUUUUUGUAUGCUAAUGUGAGUGGUUUGGGAAAGGCUGUGGAGUAUGUGAGACCCUCUUUGGCUAUUGACACUUCGAAAUUUUCUGGUGUAGCGAUUAGUGGAAAUACGAAUGACCAUUACAGGAAGAGAAGCAAAUGUCUUCGGAGAUUCUCUGACUUGUAUGGGAGUUUGUCUGAUCGGAGAUGGGAGUUUGGUGGAAGAAAAGAUGGGUGGGAUUUGUAGAAAAACGAGUUGUUACUUGUAUGGCAAGUAAAUAUGAUCACGCAGGCUUUGUGUCCCACUCUUAAAUCCUUACCUCAACUGGAACACGAAGCAGUCUUCUUACAAGAAUGAAGUUAACGUCUCCUUUUGCAGCACUAAACGUCCAUGUUUUGGCAACAAACACUAUAC